AUGGCUGACAAGAAGGAGCCCACUGCCGCUGAGGCCAUGCUUUUCUUCAGCAUCGUGAAGAACACCCGAAACAAGGCCGACGUUGACUGGAACGCUGUCGCUGAAGAGGCUGGUUUCAAAAACGCCGAUGUCGCCAAGGUCCGCUUCGGUCAGGUCAAGCGCAAGCUCGGAAUCUCUACUGAGACCACUGCCCCCGCCCGCACUCCCACCAGCACUCCCAAGAAAGGCACUGGCUCCCGCGUCUCCAAGACGACUCCUCGCAGCGCCAAGGGAAAAGGAAAGGGAAGCAAAGUCAAGCAGGAGAACGUGGAGAUCUUCGAAGACGAGGAUGAAGAAGGCGACCUUAUGAAGACCUCCGUCAAGAAUGAGAGCCGUGAGAUGGAGAAGACCCCUGAGAAGGAGGACCUCGGUGGUGAAGAUGAGCUUGGUCCCGAUUCGGCCUUCAACUUCCCCUUCUUCCAGUAA